AUAUAAAAACAUUGAAAUCCAACACUGACACAUACAGAAACUGAAAAAAAAGACUGAACUGAACAUAACAUCUUAGAUAAGAGGGAUGGAACUGUCUAGCUCAUUGGUGUUGGUUUUAGUCCUGGUUGUGUUGAUGGUGGUCAGGUGGAAGAGGAAGGUGAGUGGACUUUCUUUGCCCCCGGGGCCACUGGCACUGCCACUGGUUGGCAACUUACUAAUAAUGGACAAGCGUGCACCCUUUAAAAGCUUUAUGCAGUGGAGCAAAACCUACGGGCCUGUGAUUACAGUGUACCUCGGGCCUCAGAGAAUCGUGGUUCUUGUCGGUUAUGAUGCAGUUAAAGAAGCUCUACUGGACCAGGCAGAAGACUUUGCAUCAAGAGCCCCCAUUCCCUUUGCGAACAGGGUUGUGAAAGGCUACGGUUUGGUCAUCAGUAAUGGAGAUCGCUGGCGUCAGUUAAGGCGCUUCACUCUCACCACGCUGAGAGAUUUUGGAAUGGGGCGCAAACGAAUGGAACAGUGGAUUCAAGACGAGAGCAGACAUUUGCUGAAGAGCUUUGAGGAAACCAAAUGCGCUCCAGUUGAUCCAGUCUCUUUCCUGAGCCGGGCGGUGUCCAACGUGAUCUGUUCCCUGGUGUUUGGGCAGCGCUUUGAUUAUGAAGACAAAAACUUCCUGCAAUUGCUCCAGGUCCUCUCUAGAGUCGUGCGAUUUGGCAGCAGCCCUUGGGGUCAGCUGUACAACAUCUUCCCUCGACUAAUGGAACACUUGUCUUGGAGUCACCACACCAUCUUAAGAGAGAUAGAUCGCGUCCAUACCUUCAUUAUGAAUAAGGUCAAGGAGCAUGAGCAGAAUUUAGACUUCCAUGACCCAAAGGAUUUUAUUGACUGCUUUCUCAUCAGGCUUACUCAGGAAAAAGACGAUCCUGACACAGAAUUCCACAAAAAUAACUUGAUGGCGACAGCUUUAAAUCUGUUCACAGCUGGUACGGAAACCACCAGCACAACUCUCAGAUAUGCCCUGAUGCUUCUGAUCAAAUACCCCCACGUACAGGAACAAAUGCAGAGGGAGAUUGACAGAGUUAUUGGACAGAACAGAAUCCCUACAAUGGAUGACAGGAAGUCCCUCCCCUUCACUGAUGCUGUGAUUCAUGAAGUACAACGUUACCUGGACAUUGUCCCACUAAAUGUUCCACAUUAUGCCAUGAAAGACAUCACAUUCAGAGGUUAUGCAAUUCCAAAGGGCACAGUAAUUAUUCCCAUGUUGCACUCUGUCCUAAGGGACGAGGGACAGUGGGAAACCCCUUGGAUGUUUAAUCCAGAGCACUUUCUGGAUGCCAAUGGCAGCUUUAAAAAGAACCCAGCUUUUAUGCCCUUUUCUGCAGGUAAACGGUCUUGUGUGGGUGAGUCUCUGGCUCGUAUGGAGCUCUUUCUGUUCAUCGUCUCUCUGCUUCAGAGGUUCAGCUUCAGUAGUCCAAAGGGUCCGGAUGGAGUAGACCCCAGUCCUGAACUCAGCAGCUUUGCAAACAUGCCUCGACUCUAUCAGCUCAUUGCCUCCCCCCGCUGAGAAAUAUACUGUAACACUGCUAAGAUUUAGAUUUUUUUAUUCAUCAACAUCACCAGAUG